AUGUAUGUCGCUGCCACGCUUCUUCAGCAACACGCCCAAAAUGUCAUCGCGAUCAUACACAUAAUAACAUAAAAUCACCAAAUGCCGCCAACAGAGACGCUGCGAGCUGGCAGCAGCAGCGGUGGGGAGCGUGGUGGAGGAACUGCAGGCGGCGUUGGCGGAGUUUCCGAGCAGACGUACAUCAUUAGGCAGAGCAACAAAUGCUACGAGCACCGCGAUUCACAGGCCACCGCCAUGUCCGUGGACUACUCGGGCCAAUGGGUCUUGUUGGCGGGUCGCGGUCAUUUGGCACUGCAGCGCUUGGGCCAAGAUGAUGGCACGCUGCGUCGCCACGAACGUCAGUCCAAGUACGAUGUGUCCGUGGCCGAGUUUGCCAUUUGCCCCAGCCGUCGAGAGUACUGCGCCAUAGCGACCAGUCAAAACAUUGACAUUGUGCGCUGGGGACCCGCUGAGCCCUACUAUGAGAACUCGCUGCGUGGUCACACGCGCACAGUGACGGACAUCGACUGGCAUGGCAAGAACCCCAACUUGUUGGUUAGCUGCUCCAUUGACACGUUUUCGCACAUCUGGGAUUUGCGCGAUCCUCGCAAGCCGGCGCUCUCCUUGAAUGCCGUCUGCAUGUCUGGUGCUACCCAAGUGGGUUUCAAUCGCGUCUCCGGCAACCUGCUCGCCGCUGCACACGAUGGUGACUUGCGCAUCUGGGACAUACGCAAGGGCAGCUGCCCAACGCACUACAUUACCGCGCAUCUGAAUCGUGUGCAUGGUAUCAACUGGAGUCACAUGCGCGAGACGUGCUUGGCCACCGCCAGUCAGGACGGCACUGUCAAGUACUUUGAUGUGUGCAAUCCGCGUCGUGCCGAAAAGAUCAUCACCACGUUGUCGCCCGUGUGGCGUGCCCGAUAUACACCCAUUGGCAACGGAUUGGUCAGCAUUGUGGUGCCGCACUUGGGUCGUGGCGAGAACAGCCUGCUGCUCUGGAGCAACAGCAAGCAAACGGAUCCGAUUUGCUCCUUUGUGGGUCACACUGAUGUCAUUCUGGACUUUGCCUGGCGUCCCAAUCGCGAGAACUUUAAUGAAAUUGAGCUGGUCACUUGGUCGCGAGAUCGCACGUUGCGUGUGUGGAAGAUCGAUGAGCAAAUGCUCAAGCUAUGCGAACCCUCAGCGGAUGAGGAUGAGGAGAGCGAGUCGACGCCACGAUACGAGCCAGAAUUGAGUGAAUUGCGCGCGUUAACACCACCAGAAUUCCUGCAUACGCUACAUCCACGUCCCAUGGCAGCGGCUUCGCUGCCCAUUGUGGCCACACUGGAUGCAGCCGGUGCUGCUGGGGGCAACGCACUUCCCAUGGCACGUUCGCCCAGCUUUGGCGGCGUCUAUACGCGACGCGAGGAGACGCACAUAGCGCGCUCGUUGACGGAUCAACCCACGUGUUCGCUGCAUCACGAGUUCUCGUUGCUGAACACGAAUAUGCCGAAUGUGGAUGUGGAUAUGCUGGAUGCCAUUAAGCGCUAUGCUUGCUUCAAGAUCUGUGCAGCCGAUCACACGGUCAUACUGCAGGUGACAUUCCCCACCUCGUAUCCCAGCCCCAAUGUGCCGCCCGAUUUUCAAUUGUGCCAGGGCACAACCCUAUCUAGCGAUGUCAGCGCCGUGCUGCUCAAGGUGUUGCGUUCGAAUGCGCUGCAACGGGUAAAGAAAUCCCGCAGCUGCCUCGAGCAAUGUUUGCGUGCUCUGGUCGCGGCCAUGAAGAAACGUGUGACGGCUGUGAGCGGCGUCGGCGUGGGAGCGGAUCGCAGCCAAUUGCUGCUGCAGUCACCACGUUUGGAGGGCGCAUUGUCCAGUGCUCUGCACGAUGCCUGCAUUCCAUUUCCACGCACCUCGGGCGUUCACUUCAAUGCCAUCGGCAUGCUGACCACUUUUGCCCAGGUGCUGAACACCAAACGCCUAACACUGCGUCAGCAUCAGGCCAUCACGCCGCGUACGUUGAGUGCCAUUAAUAGCAGCGGCCUGCUGGGCAACGCGAUGGCUACCACGCAACGAGAUGCGAAUGCUUCGUUCUAUCUGCAGGAGCGCAUGAUUGCCGGCAAGCCGGGCAAGCAGCGUGUGAUGCGUCAAAUGAAUGGCACCACGCCCGUUGUCCAUGUCUACGAUGCCAGCCAGCUGCUGCACAUUAAUCGCGAGAUGGCGCGCGAAUUUACGCUGGACAAGCGCAACAUUGCCGACACCUGUCGACGCAAUGGCGAGAUUUGUCGUGCCCACGGCCGGCUAGAUUUGUUGCCAAUCUGGUUGUUGGCCGAGCUCAUUGCAACGCCGCCAGCAACUGGCCAGCAGCUGGGGAUGAACUGUCCAAUGUUGUUUCACAAGGAUCCGUUUAAGAAAUCACUGCUGGAAUCGCUAAUCAUGCACUACGCAGGCGCUGGCGAUGUGCAGACAGCGGUACUCUUGGCCUGCCUCUUUGACAAGUGUCCGGCAGCGCCCAGCGAUCUGAAGGAUGUGCCCAGCUGCCGAUUGCCCAGUCAAUUGCAUGCCCAGCUCUCGCCUUAUCACACAGUGUUGCCAUUGGACUUUAAGUCGUCGACACAAUCACGCACUGCUGCCGGCAAUCUGCAGCAGCUGAAACAGCUGCGCAGCAAUUCGUGGUCGGAUUCACUGAAUUGCCUGAUGACAUUUGGACAAACGGAUGCCUAUGCUUGUUCGCUGAUUAAGCGUACACGCAUGCCGCUCUUUGAUCAGUUUAAACGCGUCUAUGCUGACAUACUCUUUGGCUGGCAGCUGCUCUCCAAGCGUGCUUUAGUUCUCAAACAUACGCUACACGCGCCUCCGCCUUCGCAGGGCGUUGAGUUUGUCACCGAGUGCUCCGGCUGUGCAAAGCCCAAACGAACGCCCAAAUGUGAGCCCUGCAAGCGGCCCGUGCUCUUCUGCACGCUCUGCUGCCUGCCCGUACGUGGAGCGGCCAAUGCGUGUCUCUCGUGCGGCCACGGCGGGCACAUGCAGCACAUGAUGCAGUGGUUCGAGAAACACAGUGUUUGUGCCGCGGGCUGUGGCUGUCGUUGCCUGCAGCGCACCUCGGAACUGCUCGCUUUGAUAAGCUGAUCACCACAUGGUGCUAUUAUUACACUGCUAGCUUUAAGUGUAGCUUUGGUAAACACUUUUUACGCUGUGCAAAUCAAAAUCCACCUACACAUAAUUGUUUUUGUUUUAGUCUCUAAGACCACAUUUUGUAUCGGCAAAUAUAUAGUCUACGUCUGUAAUUA